AUGUCGAUGCAAACCAACCUAUCAAUCAUUAACUUCACUCCGUAUGACUGGACUGGAUAUGUGCUUUCGGAAACAACUGGUCUAAUCGAAUGGGACUUCCCCAAGACCCUUGCUUCAGGGCAAACAUAUGAGGCUGCAAUCGUAGUCGAUGCCUCGCACGGCAGCACUCCAACAGCAGCCCAAGCAGAUUGGCCAUUCUCAUGGAUCGAUCAAGCUCAUCCAAUUGCCGACCUCAAACUCGCCGUGUCUGGCGACAGUCAGGAUGGGUAUGACUAUGCUAUCAGCGCUGAGCUCGGCCAAUAUGGCACAAUGAGAAAUCCCAAAGGCUCGACCAUCGGCAUCCCUUUGACUGACCAAGCAUGGUCUCCAUUCAUCCUCGUCGGCAGCAAUACCAGCCUCGAGGGCAACAAUCCUCCGCUCGACUGGAUGGAGCAAAACUUGCCGACCAUCGGAUGUCUCACCCUCCAGGACAUUGUUUUACCAGGCUCUCACGACGCCGGGAUAUCAGAAAUCAACUAUGCUCAUGGCGGAAAUGCAGACAACACACAAACGCAGUCCCUCAACAUCGAAGGACAACUUCAAGCGGGCAUUCGCUACUUCGACAUCCGCCCCUCCAUCUCCCACGGCCAGUUCUACACUGGCCACUAUACCGAUCAACUUGGCGCCAAUGGCGAAUCCAUAGCAGACAUUAUUUCUGACAUCAACCGCUUCACGGCAAAGGGGUUUAACGAACUCAUCAUCCUCGAACUCAGCCACAGCCUCGAUACCGACAAUGACUACGACGCCUUCGACGACACACAGUACAGCAACCUCCUCACACAAAUAUCCGAGAAUCUGAAGCACUUACACACCCGCCACGGCUCCGACCUGCUUACCAAAGUCCCUCUGUCAGACUUCAUCUCUUCCGGCCCCGCGGUGGUGGUCAUCUGUGACGAGCGCGACAAGAACUGGCUCAAGGCCAACAAAUUUCUGAACAAAGGCUUCUACGGUCCAGGCCAGCUCCCCGUGUACAACAACUACGCCGACACCACGGAACUGAAUACAAUGCGACAGGAUCAGUACGCCAAAUUCGCCGCGCAGACGAAGAAGCCCGAUAAUCCCGACCAAUUGUUCCUUUUGAGCUGGACGUUCACGCAGAAUGUGAUCGAUGCGAUUGGGAUUGGAGGGUCGGGGUCUUCGGUGCUCGAUUCGGCCACUUAUUUCAAUGGCUUCCUCGCGCAGACUGGGGGUACGGUACCCUAUACGGGCCCGGUAAGCUGGGCGCAGAAGGUCGGGAGCGUGCCGAAUAUAAUCAUGAUUGAUAAUGUGCCAGGAGACAAUAGGUUUCUCGUCACGUUGUGUAUUGGGAUGACGAGGUGGUUUAGUAAAGAUAAAGAAUGUUCGUGA